AUGGUCAAACCCCUCCACUUCAAAGGCGACAAGAAGCCUAAGAAGCGGAAGCGCGUUCCCGAACUCGACGACGCCGAAGUCGAGGCAAAGUACUCCAAAUCCGUUGCAACAACUACCGCGGCAUCUGCAUCUACAUCAGCGCCGGCCGACGAUGAUGAUUCCUGGGUGACUGCCGACGUCCCCAGCGAUGUCUCGGGUCCCAUCUUGAUCGUCCUGCCUACAGAAACCCCCACGUUCCUGGCCUGCGAUGCGAACGGCAAGGUCUUCACAAGUGAGGUGGAGAACUUCGUAGACGGCGACCCUGCGACUGCAGAACCGCACGAUGUCAGACAAGUCUGGGUUGCGAACAAAGUCGCGGGGACAGAUAAUUACAGUCUGAAGGGCCAUCAUGGACGGUAUCUGAGUAUCGACAAGUACGGUAUCCUCACCGCAACCGCAACUGCCAUCUCCCCUACCGAAUCUAUCCUCUUUAUCCCCCCGCCAGAUAACCCUUCUACAUUCGCUUUACAAACUCUCCGCGAGACCUACCUCUCGAUAGAUGAGUCUUCGACCAAGGGCCCCGAGGUUCGCGGUGACGCAGACUCCAUAACCUUCAACAGCACGUUCAGGAUACGCAUGCAAGCGCGCUUCAAGCCCAAGCUUCGCGCCACAAAAGAAGAAAAGGCACAGGCAAAGAUCAGCAGGAAGGAACUGGAAGAGAUCAUCGGUCGGCGACUCGAAGACGACGAGGUCAAGAAGCUGAAACGCGCACGGCGGGAGGGGAACUUCCAUGAGACGGCCCUCGACAUGAAAGUCAAAUCUUCCCACGACAAAUUCGCUUCGUAG